CCUAGUGGGGUUUGUUUACAGCGGAGUUACAGCGGGCAAAUUCUCCACUGACCGAUAAAGUGAUAUCACAACUCAGGAUCGAUGAAUAAGUUCCCGUUUUGGGCCUCAUCGAGAUCGUCUUCACAACUUCACUGAUCGACCUCUUUUUCUUAUCUCCCCGACAGGAACCAACUCGUUUAUUUAUUCUCUUCCACUUUUGGAAGAUCAGAAUAAAUAACAACUGUCGUACCUUUACACUCUCAACUCAGUCGCUCAAAAUUCCCACCCACAACACACAACAACAACAACAAGAAUGGCUGCUCCUCAAGUAAAGAGCUCCUCCGAGCUCACCAUGGCCGUUCUCGGCUGCGGAACGAUGGGCAUCUCCAUCCUCUCCGGCAUCCUCUCCUCCCUUUCCUCCAUCGCCCAAGACCCCUCUCCACCACCCACCAACCCGCCCGCCCUCCCGCGCCACUUCAUCGCCACCGUGCGCUCCCAAUCCUCCGUCGCCAAAGUCGAGUCCGCCCUCUCCCCGCUCGUCAAGCCCUCCGUUUCUACUCUGCGCGUCCUCCAAUCCACCUCCAACGUCUCCGCCGUCGCCGAAGCCGACAUCAUCCUCCUCGGAUGCAAGCCCUACAUGGUCUCUGGCCUGCUUUCCGCAUCCGGCAUGAAGGAUGCUCUGACAGUCAAGCACACCGAAGGCCACGCGCGGUCCCAAAAGAUCAUCAUCUCCAUUUGCGCGGGCGUGACGGUUCCGGACCUGGAACGGGUCUUGCGCGAGGACGUCAGACUUUCCGCCGAUGACCUGCCGAUUGUGGUGCGCGCGAUGCCCAACACGGCCAGCAAGAUCAGGGAGAGCAUGACGGUGAUCAACACGGUUGAUCCCCCGCUGCCGGAUAGCACCACGGAGCUGUUGACGUGGAUCUUUGAGAGGAUCGGCGAGGUUGUUUACUUGCCUCCGAACUUGAUGGACGCGUGCACCAGCUUGUGUGCUUCGGGCACGGCGUUCUUUGCGCUGAUGAUGGAGGCGGCGGCGGAUGGAGGUGUGGCGAUGGGGUUGCCUAGGGCGGAGGCGACGAGGAUGGCGGCGCAGACCAUGAGGGGCGCUGCUGGGUUGGUGCUGGAGGGAGAGCAUCCGGCGAUUUUGAGGGAGAAGGUGAGCACGCCGGGCGGGUGCACGAUUGGCGGGUUGUUGGUGUUGGAGGAGGGUGGGGUUAGAGCAGCGGUUGCGAGGGCGGUUAGGGAGGCGACGGUUGUUGCGAGCUUGUUGGGAGGAGGGGGAGCGAAGAAUGUCAAUGGUACUAGGCAUUAGAGCCCCAGAGAAAAGGGGAGGUGAGGAUAUAAGGUGAGGUCUGCCAGAAGGAAGGUCCUAGACGGUGUUGGUAAAAGCCUGCCUCUGGACGGAAAAGCUAGAAAGUCUCGAAACCAAAGUACCAAAGGUAGACAGACAGGUGGAUAGUGAACAGCACGCGGAGGUUCAUGUCAUUUUUUAUCUCCAAACCCCUCAGAAAGAAUGGGUUGGGGUUCAUAGAUAGUUAGAGACCAUAAAAAGGCGCCAGAC